GUUCCAUUCCCUGUUUAUACCAUGACCUGGAGUACUCGUAUGUGGCUACUGCCACUCGCGUACUUCUUCGCCUCCUCCGAGGGCUCCUUCGACACCUGCGACUUCAUGCUGGAAGACGAUCAUCCCUUCACGCUGGCCUGUGAGUCCCACUACAGCUCCGAUCUGAAGCUGAACUACCAAGACAUUUGGGUCAAGGCCGACGCGCCCUACUGGCUUUGGUGGCGGCGGCAGCCGAGCCUCCAGCUGCUGGCCUCCUUCUACGAGUCGCCCAUCUCGCCCUGCACCAACGUUACCCUGAGCCUCAACUGCCUGCACUGCUCGGACUCCGAGGAGCACGGCAUCCACAUCCGACCCGAGGCCAUCCACUGUUUCGACUUCUCGUUCUCCUACGUGCGGGCGCUGAUGAAGCACUGCGGCCUGUCGCCCAAUCCGGAGCCCAGUCGCGUGGCCAUCCACUAUGCGAGGCUGGUUCCGGACCGCCAAAUCCCAUCCCGGGCAGCCCGAAGUCGCCCAGGGAUCGUGGACCUCCUGGGUCUGUGGAGCAGCCGGUGGUAA